AUGCAGCGUUCGCCGCGGCCCACGACGCGGCCUGCUUGGCCUGCAGCAGCUGACGCCUCAGCUGGGCCAGCCGUCUCUGUGAGCGAUGGCUCUGUUACCGUGGCUGCGGAUGCAUCCCGGCGCCAAAAGAGAGGGCGGGUUGGCGGGGUAGCGCAGCGGACGCCUGCUGCGCCUGCUACUGCAGAGUCGGAUGAGGACUCAGAGGAGGAGCAGUGCAUUGCGUUUGAAGGUGACGAAGGGUUGGACGUUUCGUUUCCCUUGAAGGCUGUGGAGAAGCUGUUUCGGUGUCCCCUCUGCAACGGCUACUUCAGGGAUGCCGUCACCAUCAAGGAGUGCCUCCACACGUUCUGCCGUUGGUGUCUGUACGAUUACGUCGAGGGCGGGGAAACUGAAGAGGUCUGCUGCCCUUACUGUGAAAGGAACAUGCAGAUGAUGACUCCCCAUAGAGAUGGUGAGGACUCCAGACAUUACAUGCCGCGAAUAACAGCAGCUUGCGUGGCGGGCGCGGGGAGCGUGGUGAGCCUGAACAGCAAUAGCAGCGGCACUUCAGCAGCAGCAGCAGCAAAUGCAGCAGUCCUUUUCGACCGCACCAUGCAGAACCUAGUGGACAAGUUGUUCCCGCACUUUGCGCAGCAGGAGCGCCUAGAGGAAGAGGAGCUGCAGCGAUUCAUGCAGCAACACCAACAUAAACAGCUUCCGCCUGAAUACCUCGUAGGAGGUCUCUCAUCCUCCGGCACCCUCAGGCGCGAGGUCCUUCCGCACAAGCGAGCGAGGCUAGAGGCCAGAGCAGUCACAGAGGAGGCGGGUGGACCCCACCAUCUAGAGCCUCCCCUGCCGCCUGGACUCCAGCAGCCGCAACAGCAACAGCAGCAGCAGACCGAUGACGUUUCUCGUGGCGAAGUGCGCAAGGAACAGCGCGAGGGCUUGCGUAGCAGCAGUGCCGCUUCUCGAAAUCAGCAGCAGCAGCAGCUGCAGCAGUCGCUCGAUGAGUUUGUUGACCAGCUUCUGGGUUCCCCCACUUGCUUUGACGAACAGCAAACAACAGCCAUUGCGCUGCUGCCGGACACAUACCAGGGCCAGCUUAUGGAGGCCCGCGUGCAGUACCAAGGCUUUCAGCUUUCCCAUACACCUCCAGAGGGCUCUCAGAUUGGCGUUGGGGGUGCCCAGGAGUCCGAAGACCUCUUGGUUCUGCCUUUGAAGCUCCCGCAUAUUGAUCGCCCAUACUUGCGGGUGCCCAGCCGCAUGACCGUACAGCUGGUGCUGCGUUACCUGGCAUCGCAGCUGCAGCCGCUGCUGUCUCUGGGGGGCCCAUCGGGGAAACGACGGGAUGGCACCAGCUCUUAUCUAGGAGGAGGUGUAUGCAAUGAGCGUGUGGGUGAGUCUUCGAUUCCCUCUGAUGACCCGCUUGACCUAGAGAUGGCACUGGAGCUGACUUUAGAGGGACGCGUGCUCGGCAGGAGCCACUCCAUAGAUUUCGGCUUUCAGCGAAGCUGCAAAAACGGCCUGAUGGUUUCUGGAGACUGUUUUCUAUCUGUCUGUGGUAGCACGACUUCUCAGCCACUGAAGUUCGUUGUCGAAUAG